AUGAGUCUCCUCAAUAAACCCAAGAGUGAGAUGACCCCAGAGGAGCUGCAGAAGUGGGAGGAGGAGGAAUUCAACACAGGCCCCCUCUCGGUGGUCACGCAGUCAGUCAAGAGCAACACCCAAGUGCUCAUUAACUGUCGCAACAACAAGAAGCUCCUGGGGCGGGUGAAGGCCUUUGACAGGCACUGCAACAUGGUGCUAGAGAAUGUGAAGGAGAUGUGGACUGAGGUCCCCAAGAGCGGCAAGGGCAAGAAGAAGUCCAAGCCUGUCAACAAGGACCGCUACAUCUCCAAGAUGUUCCUACGGGGGGACUCAGUCAUCGUGGUGCUAAGGAACCCGCUCAUCGCUGGCAAGUAG